AUGGCUUCACUGGCAAAUUUUUCACUCUUGUUAGGGCAUAAUCUGUCGGGAUUUGCUAAGCAUGAUUUCAUUGGAUUUGAAAUGCCAAAGGGGAGCAAAAAUAUCAAUUAUCUUUCAUAUGCUGAUGAUAUAUUUAGUUCCUCUCACUUUCAUGCAAUACAAUGGACUACGAAUGUGCUUGAAGAAUAUGAAGUUGCAUCUGGACGAAAGGUGAAUAAGGAGAAGUCUUCAUUUUACAUGCGUGAGAAUACACCCUAUCAUGAAGCCAAUACAGUGCAUCUCAUCACAGAGUUUAAGAGGCAUCCCUUCCCAUUUACUUACCUUGGUUGCCCAAUCUUUUAUAAUAGAAGGCAGGAUGUGUUUUAUAAAGAUAUUAUUCAUAAGGUGCGAAUUUACUCCUGGAAAGGCAGGCUACUAUCUAUAGGUGGGAGAGAAAUAUUGAUAGCACAUGUUCUAGAAAGUAUGCCAAUUCAUCUACUAUCAGCAGUGAAUCCUCCACAGUAUGUAAUUGCUAAGUUACAUAGAAUAUUUGCAAGAUUCUUUAAGAGUAAUUCUGGGAAUGGCAAGGCUAAGCAUUGGGCUUCAUGGGAUACUUUAUGUUUUCCUAAGGAUGAGGGUGGUGCAGGAUUUAGAUCAUUACAUGAUGUCUCUGAGGCAUUGUUUUCAAAAAUAUAG